AUGAAUAGAUUCUUGUGUUUGGCCUAUUGACACUCUCUCACUCUCACAUUAAACUCACAAGUGCUUCUCUUGUCUCUUUCACACUUUUUUUACAUUUCCAAGUCAGUCUCUCACGUGCUCCUCAAAAACACUCUCUCCCCCUUUCACACCUUCAAUACCCUUUUCGUCUUUUCUUCCUCACUCCCCUUUCUCUCUAUAGUUACCAAAACCAAAAAGCAAUUCAUAAUAUCAUCACCCUUUUCACUAACAAAAAGAAACUAGUAAAACUAAAAGUAAGCCUAAUCAUUCAUCCAUUUUCAUAAUCCUUCCGCUUUGGAAACAAUGAAAGAAGAAGAUGUAACUAGUGAUGGAUCAAUGCAACAAUAUUGCAUUAACCAUCCUCAUAGAAAAAACCCUGGCGGUAUAUGUGCUUUUUGUCUUCAAGAAAAACUUGGUAAACUUGUUUCUUCUUCCUUCCCUCUUCCAAUGACUCCUUCUUCAUCUUCUUCCCUCUCUCCUCCUCCUUCUUCUUCACCUUCUUUCAGAUCCCAAACUCUUCCAGCUUCUUCUCUUAAUUCCCUCUCUCUCCCUCCAACUUCCACCAAACAUGACCAUCAAACGCGUUCGCGUCUACCUUUUCUCUUACCAAACAAGAACAAAAAGAAGAAACCUUCUUCCAUCAACAUGGACAUAAACAUAAACUCUUCAUCUUCAUCUUCUGCAAAUGUUAGUUCUGAUGUUGUUUUCAAGCGUAGCAAAUCCAUAGCCAGUGCCACACCCAGAAGAACCAAGUUUCUUGAUGAUGAAGUAGAAAAUGGAGAUUUCAAAACCAGAAAAAGGAACCGUUUUUGGUCUUUUCUCUAUCUUUCAUCUUCUACCAAACAACAACCCUCUAGCUCCUGCAGCAAGAAAAUGGAAGAAAAAAGCUGCAGCAUCGACGGUAACAGUAGUGCAACGAUCUCAUCUCUGAAACCGAAGUUUUGUCCUUCUGUAGGAAGAAACUGUGACAUGGUAGUUGAAGAAGAAGAAGAGGAAGAAGAGGAAGAAGAAGAAGCUUCUGGUUCAAGUUCCGGUUCUGGUUCUGGUUGCUGUGAACAAGAACAACGCAAGGUUUCAAGAUCUAGAUCUGUUGGAUGUGGCAGCAGAAGCUUCUCCGGCGAUUUCUUUGAGAAAUUCUCAACUGGGUUCGGAGACUGCACUCUAAGAAGAGUUGAAUCUCAACGUGAAGGCAAGGCUAAUAAGGUAAUUCCAUCUUCUUGUUCUUCUUCUGCUGUUGCUGCUACUGGAAAUAGAAAUAUUCAACACUGUAUGAAAGAUAGAGUGAAGUGUGGUGGAAUAUUUGGUGGGUUUAUGAUGAUGAAUUCAUCUUCAUCUUAUUGGGUUUCUAAUGGUGAGGAUGGAAGAACUAGAACUAGUAGUUGGGGUUGGGCACUUGCUAGUCCUAUGAGAGCUUUUAGCAGUAAAAGCAGUUCUAAAGAUAACAAAAGCACUUCUGAGAAGAACAAUACACCAAAUUUAUCUGCUGUUCCUUCAUUGCUUAUUGCCAGAGGCUAAAAUCUUAAAGGGGUCAAUUUUAAUUAGAAGACACAAGUUUGAUUAAUUCAUACUACCUCUUUGCUUGCUCUAUGUAAUGUGUUUAUUUUGUGGAUGAAUCAUAAUUUUUCUUUCAUUGGUAAUGUAAUAGUUUUAUAAGAAGAAACAAUUAUUUUGAUACUUGAAUGAAUGUGUGAGACAUUGUCACAAUAGUUCAAGAAUAGAUCAAAAUUAUGGUUUCCUGUUCCAAUUCUUUAUGUUGUUUUUGGAGGGGAAUUGGAAAAGAAAGUCUGAUAUCAUGUGAUUUGUUUGUUUUACUACUUAAGAAUUUGGAUGUAUGUUGUAUGUAAUUUAAUGUUAGUUUA